AUGGCCAAUGCUGAAAUUGAAUCUCGUUCAAGUCGUUGGCGAAAGGCUAUGGUCGGUCCACUACCCAAUGAUUUUCUACGCAUUAAUAAUGGCGUUGACGCGCAGGUGGCUGCAGAUAGUCAAACAGCGGCAGCUGUAUACCAACAACAAGUGUAUACACAAUAUGUUGCACCAAAUUAUGUUGGACGUUUGAGCAUCACCUGUGCACAAGCGAAAUUAGCACGUAAUUAUGGCCUUACCCGCAUGGAUCCCUAUGUGCGUAUACGUGUCGGUCAUUAUGUAUACGAAACACAAACAGAUCCAAAUGGUGGUAAACAUCCACAUUGGAAUCGUGUAAUACAAAGUCAAUUGCCAGCGGGUGUUAAUUCGAUUUUCAUAGAAAUAUAUGAUGAAUGUAGUUUUAAAAUGGACGAAUUGAUUGCAUGGUGCGAAAUCAAAAUACCACAAAGCGUGAUGCGCGGUGAAACGCACGAAGAAUGGUAUCCACUUAGUGGUAAACAAGGUGACGGCCUCGAGGGCGCUAUCGACAUAGUUUUGAGCUUUUCCAAUCAACCCAUGCAGCCAUAUAUGUACCAAACUGUGGGCGGACCAGCGCAAAUGUUAAUGGUACCGCCUGGUAGACCAAUGCCAAUAUUUGUAACACCUCAACAACCACCCGUCGCCAAUACGGUAAUUCAGCCGGCACCGCGACAAUUAUCCGAAGAAGAAUUCAAACAAAUUCACGAAAUGUUUCCAAAUAUUGACAAGGAAGUUGUCAAAUCUGUAUUUGAGGCGAAUAAUGGUAGUAAAGAUGCAACAAUAAAUUCACUGCUACAGAUGAACGAAUAA